GAAGGAACAAACAUACUGGUAAACCCUACAUACAUCUGUAACCUGAAUCACAAAUUUUAAGGUAAAAAUAAAAAAUAAAAAAUCAUCAAUGGCAGAAAAAAAAGAAGGAUCAAGUUCGGAGAUGUCUCUGAAGGAUCAGGGCAACGAGUUUUUCAAGUCAGGCAAGUAUCUCAAAGCUGCUGCACUCUACACUCAAGCCAUCAAGCAAGACCCUUCAAACCCCACACUCUAUAGUAAUCGUGCCGCAGCAUUGCUUCAAUUGGAUAAGCUUAGUAAAGCUCUUGAUGAUGCUGAGAUGACUAUUAAAUUAAAACCCCAAUGGGAAAAGGGAUAUUUCAGGAAGGGAUGCAUUUUGGAGGCCAUGAAAAGAUAUGAUGACGCUUUAGCUGCCUUUCAGAUAGCUUCGCAGUAUAACCCACAAAGUCAAGAAGUAUCAAAAAAGAUAAGGAAGAUAAACCAACUAGUGAAAGAUAGCGAGCGAGCUCAAGAACUGGAGAAUAUGAAAUCAAAUGUUGACAUGGCCAAACAUUUAGAUACACUGAAACCUGAAAUGUCUGGAAAGUAUGGAUCUGAAGAAUGCUGGAAAGACAUUUUCUCAUUCCUUGUUGAGACUAUGGAGACUGCUGUAAAAUCAUGGCAUCAAACUUCUUCAGUGGAUGCCAGAGUUUACUUUCUUCUUGAUAAGGAAAAGACACAGACUGAUAAGUACUCCCCAAUUGUGAACAUUGAUAAGGCCUUUGAAUCGCCACAUACGCACAGCAACUGCUUUUCAUUUCUCAGGCAGUAUGCUGAGGAGUCUUUCUCCAAAGCUGCCUGCUUAGUGGCUCCCAAAAGCAUCAUUGCUUAUCCACAGGUCUGGAAAGGCCAAGGAUCAAGGAAGUGGAAACAUGUGCAGAAUGAUGGCUUCUUUGUUCAAUUUGAGUCACCUUCCCUGCGAAAGCUGUGGUUUAUUCCCAGUACGAAUGAAAAGGGACAUACAUUGUGCAGGGACCCAGAGGUUUUGGACAUUGGUGCUCAUGAAAUUCUUCCCCGCUUAUUCAAAUAAAAGAUGACCCGUUCUUAGUGUACUUGUAUUUAGCCUAUAUUUCAUAAGGUAAAAAAUGACAGGCUCACAGGAAGGUUUUUUUUUGUCCAAUAUGGGCAAAAUUUGGUGCCUAUGUUUUAUUGGCUUCUCGGAAUGUGAAAAAUGCUGGCAAGAUGUGCUUUAUUUUUUUGUUUUUGUUUUUAUAAAAUUUUGUAUUAUCCAAGCCUUCAAGGAGUUGUAUUUUGGGCAAUUGUUUUUAUUGCAUGAUUGCUCUUUAAUCUUCAUCUUUUCUCGUGAUUAGGAGACUUUGGUCUUUAGUUUGUUUAUUACAGAUAUGAGGCUUCUAUAUUGCCAAGAAAAAGUAUGUGGAAGUAUUUGGUAUUAGAUGUCUUAACCAAGACUUCUAUAUACUUUUUGUUUGUACUUUCAUGAAUUUUCUGA